GUUCAGCCCAUGCCCAUUGGCUGUGCCAACCUCGGGUCAUGCUGUGAUUUACAUCAAGUGGUUGUGGUUUGUCAGAAACACCAAGAAAAUCAAACAUUACUGAAUGCAUAACAUGCAUUUAUAUUCAGGCUCAUUAUUAAGGGCUUAUAGAUUUCACAAAUAUGCUGGAAAAUACCUGUGCAGGCAGACAUCCAAUAAAGCAACUGAUCUCAUGGUGGAAGAACUUUUUGAAGGCCUGUGUGCAAGGAACAGAACCAGCUUAGCUAGGUCAAUUACUCUGGUAGAAACAUCAAAUCCUGAUAAGAAAAAGCUUGCUCAAAGCUUGCUUUCAAUGGUUGCAAACAACCUAAAGCAGCAAGAAGAGGAGAGGAAUGGUGCACCAGUGUCAUUUCGAAUAGGCUUGUCUGGACCACCUGGCGCCGGAAAAUCUACCUUCAUCGAGAGCCUAGGCAAGCAGCUAACUGCAACUGGACACCGAUUGGCUGUACUGGCUGUCGAUCCGUCAUCAAGCACAACAGGAGGCUCGCUGCUGGGUGACAAGACGCGCAUGCCCCGUCUGACGGUGGACCCGGCCGCCUACAUCCGGCCGUCACCCACCCGCGGUCACCUCGGCGGCGUCACGCGGUCCACCAACGAGACCAUCCUGCUCUGCGAGCUGGCCGGCUAUGACGUCAUCAUCGUGGAGACGGUCGGGGUCGGCCAGUCGGAGAUCAGCGUGGCCGACAUGGUGGACGUGUUCGUGCUGCUGAUGCCGCCGGCCGGCGGUGACGAGCUCCAGGGUCUGAAGCGCGGCAUCGUGGAGCUGGCUGAUGUCAUCGUCAUCAACAAGAGCGACGGCGACCUGGUGGCGGCGGCGCGCCGCAUCCAGGCCGAGUACUUGUCGGCGCUCAAGUUCGUGCGGCCGCGCCAGGCCGGCUGGAAACCGCCGGUGCUGCGCGUGUCCUCGCGCUCCGGCGAGGGCCUCGCCGAGCUGUGGACCGCGCUGGAGGGCUACCGGCGUCAGAUGACAGCCGACGGCCAGCUGGCGGCACGGCGCCGCCGGCAGCGCGCCGUCUGGCUGUGGGCGCAGAUCCAGGAGGCGGUGGUGGCGGCGUUCCGGCGCGACGCCGUGGUGAGCGCGCUGCUGCCGCGGCUGGAGAAGGACGUGCGCCGCGGCCGGCUGCCGCCCGGCGCCGCCGCUGACCGCCUGCUGGAC